AUGUCAGCGGCAGCAAAGACGCUGCCAGGCGCAGGAACAGACGGUCGCCCAAUCGUCUUCUUCGACAUCUCCAUCGGCGACAAUCCAGCUGGGCGGAUCAAGAUGGAGCUCUUCAGCGAUGUCUGUCCGAGAACCGCUGAAAAUUUCCGUCAGCUCUGCACAGGUCAACACCGCGUGAACCACAAGCCCAUGGGCUACAAGGGCUCUCUCUUCCACCGCGUCAUCUCCGGCUUUAUGGCCCAAGGAGGAGACUUCCUCAACGCCGAUGGGUCAGGGUCCUUUAGCAUCUAUGGCGAUAAUUUCAAGGAUGAAAAUUUCAAGUUGGGCCAUGAUCAGCCGGGCUUGCUCAGUAUGGCCAACUCGGGGCCCAACACUAAUGGGUGCCAAUUCUUCAUCACUUGCGCACCUGCUGAGUUCCUCGAUGGCAAGCAUACAGUCUUCGGCAAGGUAGUCGAGGGUCUCUUGACGCUCAGGAAGAUCGAGCAAGUACAGACAGGGCCCAAUAAUCGUCCGCGGCUGAGCGUCAGGAUCACAGAAUGCGGAGAGAUGUAA